AUGGGCACCCCCCACCAGGGCGGAAAUGGCGUUCAGCUAGGACGUAUCCUUACCAAUGUCGCCUCUGUCUUUGUGCCAGCCGAUGAUCGUCUCCUCAAGCAUCUUGAGAGAGACUCUGAAUGGCUCCUGCAACAACUGGGCCAAUACGGCCCGAUCAGUGGUGAAUUUGUAACCAAGUUUGCUUACGAGAACUACAAGACGCCGAUAGCUUUGGGGAAACAAAUUAUGGGGAUCUUGACAGCAUCCCGUGAUCGCCGCAUCGUUGUCAUUCACGGCCUCGGGGGUAUGGGCAAAACACAACUGGCUAUUGCCUUUACCAAGCAAAAUCACGAAUCUUUCUCUGCGGUGUUCUGGAUGAACGCGACUGACGAGGAGACGCUGAAACGAAGCUUCCUGAGAGCAGCAGACCGAAUACUCCAAGACUGUUUCCCUUUCCCCUAUCUUGCACACGCUGUUGCCGAUAGUGAUAUGGAUGAGAUAGUCAAAGCUGUCAAGCGGUGGCUGAGCGAACGUAAAAACAACCAGUGGCUCAUCAUCUUCGACAACUAUGACCACCCUUCCUUGGGCGGCAACACUGACAGGCGAAAUUCUUGGCAAAGGGAUAGCAUCGCCUCGAAAGAGUACGAUAUUCGUCCAUUCUUCCCUCAGACACAUCACGGUGCGAUUAUCAUCACGACGCGAUCAUCCACUGUCAAACUUGGCCAGACCGUUCGAUUGGGUAAACUUAAACAAAUUGAGGAUAGCCUCAGCAUUUUGGAGUCCACGUCUAAUCGCGAACGACUAGAAGAGGAUCCCGCGGCUGUUGACCUUGCUCAAGAGCUUGAUGGCCUUCCCCUUGCUCUUGCCACUGCUGGCGCCUACCUAGAUCAAGUUGCCAUGUCGUGCACAGAGUAUCUUAAACUCUACAAAGAAUCAUGGGGCAGACUCCUAGAAUCCAGCCCACGGCUCGUAUCAUACGAAGACCGUGCUAUGUACUCAACAUGGAACAUCUCAUAUCAGAACGUAGAGAAACGAAACAAGUCCUCUGCUAUGCUUCUUAGGCUUUGGGCUUACUUCGACCAUGAUGACUUGUGGUAUGAGCUGCUGUGUGGUGCAGAUAAAUCGGCACCACCAUGGCUGCAAGCCCUUACAGACAAAAUUACUUUUACGGAAAGUAUGCGACUAUUGUGCGACCAUGGACUAGUGGACAUAAAUACCGUCACCAGAAAGAGCGAUAUAGGAUCACUGAGUUACAGCGUGCACGGCUGUGUGCAUGCAUGGAUGGUUGGUGCUUUGCAUAAACAGACUGACACAGAAAUGGUGCAACUUGCUGCUAGAUGCGUGGCGUCGCUUGUACCUAGUAAAGAAGAUAAAGAGUAUUGGCGUAUACAACAACGGCUAUUGCAACAAGUUGAUCGAUCCUUCGAGACGAUGGCUGAAAGCACGGGAAUACCUCAUUUUGAACCCUGGAUUAAUGGCGCUUUUGGAAGUCUUUAUGCCGACCAAGGUAGACUUGACAAAGCGGAAGUGAUGUACGACCGAGCACUGCAAGGAUACGAGAAGGCAUGGGGACCUGAGCAUACAUCAACGCUUGACACAGUCCACAAUCUAGGAAGCCUCUAUAAAAGCCAAGGUCGACUUGACAAAGCGGAAGCGAUGUACGACCGAGCACUGCAAGGAUACGAGAAGGCAUGGGGACCUGAGCAUACAUCAACGCUUGACACAGACUUCUCUAUGCCGAUCAAGGUCGACUUGAUAAAGCAGAAGCGAUGUACGACCGAGCACUUCAAGGAUACGAGAAGGCAUGGGGACCUGAGCACACAUCAACGCUCAGUACAGUCAACAAUCUAG